ACUAUUACAUUUCGUACCUUACUAAUACUAAGUAACGUAGGUAACCUUUCAGUACAUCGUACAUGUGCUACCCAAGACUAGUUAAUAACACAUAUAUGGAAAAAAUACGUGUUGCGGGGUCAGCUAGUAAUAAUAUAAUUAUUUAAAUAAACUUUUUUGUUCACGUUGACUUAAAAUAUAUUGAUUAUAAUUUAUUAGUUAUCUAUGCAUCAGUGUCAUAAAACGUGAGUGGAGUGUAGUGUUUCUUUGAACGUAAAAUUAUUUGCGUUUUGUCUUUAGAGUUCAUGAUUGUCAUUUAACGAAACAGCUGAUUGGUGGUGAAUGUGCUUGGACAUGGCGAUAUGUUCUCGAAUAUAUUGUGGUAAAAAUUAAAAAAACAAAAAACAAAAAUGGAUGUAGUCGGCCUUUUGAAUAAUAUCCACGACAAAACGGAUAUGUUUGCUGUUAAAACAUGGACCUCGGAAUGGACGAAUAGUUUUCAAGAUAAUCAACUGCUGUGGUCGUUCUGCGGUUGUGUGCUAGUGUCACUUCUUGUGGUCUUCUUCUAUUACUACAAACGAAGCCGUUCAAAAGAGCUAGCUGCGAGUGCAACAGCUGCUGGGGAGCCAGCGAAGAGAUUCCGAAAACGCGACAAAAUGCUUUUCUACGGACGAAGGAUGUUGAGGAAAGUGAAGUCCAUCUCAAACUCAGGGCAGGGGAGGAAACGUCGCGCCGUCAUGAGGUUUGCGAGGAAGUUAUUGCAGCUCAAGAAGGACUCCGCUCCUGAACAGCUUAAGGUAUUGGAACCUCCGGCAGAGUAUUUAGAAGAAGACCUGACAAGCGAUGAUAGAGUACCACCAGAUGCCCUGUACAUGUUGCACAGCAUCAGAGUCUUUGGACACUUUGAGAAACCAGUCUUUUUGAUGCUGUGCAAACAUACGGAGAUACUGAACUUGCCGGCAGGGACUUUCCUAUUCAAAGUCGGUGAUACAGACGAAAACGUGUACGUAGUUCAAACAGGCCGCGUGAACGUGUACAUCACGAAUCCUGACUCUAGUACCCUCUCGCUGAAGAUAGUACGAGCUGGUGAGAGCGUCACCUCGCUACUCAGCUUCACAGAUGUCUUGACUGGUAACUCUCAACCUUACAAAACAGUGAACGCGAAGGCUUUAGAGGACUCGCAAGUGAUAAAGCUCCCCAUGAAAGCUUUCCAGGAAGUUUUUAAAGAGUAUCCCGAUAUAUUUGUGAGAGUUAUACAGAUCAUCAUGGUACGUUUACAAAGAGUAACAUUCACCGCACUCCACCAGUAUCUCGGAUUAAGUGCUGAAUUGGUUAAUCCUGGUAAAGAUAAACGACGCCCAAUGACAAUGCCAUCUCCCGGAAAAACGGGUAAAUACGUCGACAGCGGUACCAGUAUGCACUCCCCACAUCACAGCGAAAGGACUGUUCCGGAACACGUGCAACAGCCAGAUGUCCAGCCGACGUCAUCUUUCCAAAGAUCCAAAGAAGGUUCCUCCUUCAAGAAACAUUAUACUGAUAAUCUGGAUGAGCAAGCUUUAAUACAAAUAGCAACAGAAGCAUUCGUAAAAGAGCUAGGUCUAGAUGACGAUCAGAUACUGAAAGGAAACGUUCAAGUGAGGGACCUGCCAGCCGGUACUUACAUCAUGAAGGAAGAGAGUCACAAGGAUGUGGCGCUCGUAUACCUUCUGUCGGGCGCUUUGCUGGUGUCUCAGAAAGUCGCUGAGGGAGAUGGGGAAGUUCACAUGUUCACUGCUUAUCCGGGCGAAGUAGAAGGCGGUCUAGCAGUACUAACUGGAGAGCCAAGUUUCUUCUCCAUCAGAGCGAAGCAUUUCUCUCGUAUCGGUCUUCUAUCCAAAACAACAGUAUACAGCAUCAUGAGGGAACGACCAUCUGUUGUACUGCACAUUGCAAAUACUGUUGUUCGUCGCUUAUCACCUUUUGUGAGACAAGUCGACUUCGCUUUGGAUUGGGUGUUUCUGGAGUCAGGUAGAGCUGUAUACCGUCAAGAUGAGGAAUCAGGAUCAACGUUCAUAGUUUUGAGUGGACGGUUGCGUUCUGUGAUAACGCAUCCUAAUGGGAAGAAAGAGUUAGUCGGCGAAUACGGGAAGGGAGAUCUAGUUGGCAUAGUUGAAAUGGUGACCCAAACUCGUCGCAGUACAACUGUUAUGGCGGUACGAGACUCCGAACUGGCGAAGCUUCCAGAAGGUCUCUUCAAUGCGAUCAAACUUCGAUUCCCAGUUGUCGUCACAAGGCUCAUUAACUUGUUAGGGCAUAGAAUAUUGGGGUCUUGGCAAAAACCGACAGCUGGUCUAGGCGGAGCCGCGACUAUAGAAUCCCGUCCAUCACAACACAACUUCUCAACAGUGGCCGUUGUCCCCGUCAGCGACGACGUACCUCUCACCGCCUUUACUUACGAACUGUAUCACUCGCUCUGUGCUAUAGGUCCAACUGUUAGAUUGACAUCAGAUGUGAUAAGAAAGCUCUUAGGUUUAACAAUAAUGGAUCCAAACAACGAGUACCGUCUUAGUUCGUGGCUCGCUCAGCAGGAAGACAAACAUAAGGUUGCACUGUACCAAUGUGAUCCAAGCCUCACCCAGUGGACACAGCGGUGUAUUCGUCAAGCUGACUGCAUUCUGAUCGUCGCCCUGGGCGAUAAGCAACCAAGCAUCGGGAAAAUCGAGAAGGAGAUCGAGCGCCUCGCGAUCCGCACGCAGAAGGAGCUGGUGCUGCUGCACCGCGAGGGCGGGCCGCACCCCUCGGGCACCGUGCACUGGCUCAACAUGCGCUCCUGGGUGUCGCAGCACCACCACGUGCGCUGUCCGCACCGCAUGUUCACGAGGAAGAGCCAGUACCGCAUCAGCGAGCUGUACAGCAAGGUGCUGAUGUCGGAGGCGAGCGUGCACUCUGACUUCUCGAGGUUAGCGCGCUGGCUCACCGGCACCGCCGUGGGGCUGGUGCUGGGCGGCGGCGGGGCGCGCGGCGCCGCGCACGUCGGCAUGAUACGGGCCAUACAGGAAGCUGGCAUUCCCAUCGACAUGGUCGGCGGAGUCAGCAUCGGAGCUUUCAUGGGAGCUUUGUGGUGUAUGGAACGUAACAUCACCACUGUUACACAAAAAGCUAGGGAUUGGUCACAGAAAAUGACACAAUGGGGUAAACAACUCCUCGACCUCACGUACCCGGCCACUUCCAUGUUUUCCGGUAAACAGUUCAACGCGACCAUCAAGACGACGUUUGGUGAGGUUCACAUAGAAGACCUAUGGCUGCCAUACUUCACUGUGACCACUGAUAUCAGCUCCAGUUGUAUGCGAAUACAUCGCCAUGGUUCCCUCUGGCGUUACAUUCGCGCAUCGAUGUCUCUGAGCGGGUACAUGCCCCCUCUCUGCGACCCAGUAGACGGCCACCUCCUAUUGGACGGCGGUUACGUCAACAACCUCCCAGGCGUGCUAUGGAGGUACUGUCGGGCUUCGAUGAGCAUCGCGGGCAUAUUCCCGCCGAUAUGUGACCCAACGGAUGGACAUUUACUGUUGGACGGCUGCUAUGUUAACAACGUACCAGCCGACGUGAUGAGGUCUCUUGGUGCUAAACACAUCCUAGCUAUAGAUGUGGGCUCCCAGGACGAUACCGAUCUCACGAACUACGGAGACGACUUGUCUGGCUGGUGGCUGCUUUGGAAACGGUGGAAUCCAUUCACGACGCCGGUGAAAGUACCGAAUCUUCCCGACAUACAGAGCAGACUUGCUUACGUAUCCUGUAAUCGACAACUGGAGGAAGUAAAGAAAUCCGACUACUGCGAAUACAUCCGACCCCCAAUCGACGCAUACAAAACACUCCAGUUUGGAUCAUUCGAUGAAAUCCGUGAAAUAGGCUACAGGCAUGGCUCAGCGUAUUUCGAAGGGCAACGGAGGGGAGGGGGCGGUGGGGUGAGUGGAGCGGCCGCAGAGGGGAGGAAACAUGACGCCCAACCUGCCCUUACCGACUACACCUUCACGGAUCUGGCUCAAAUGGUGUGUUCUGUACGUACCGCACGGGACGUCGAUAACGAAUCCUCAUCGUCAUCCGACUACGAGGACCAACGACACUUCGAAGGUUACGCUUCCGAGCCCAGUGCCGGCAUACUUGAAGAGGGUCUGCGCACGCGCCGCGUAGGUGGCUCCCUCUCGCUGUCUGAGGAUGAAAUAGACUCGGAAGCCGAAAUGUACGACCCCCUAAAUAAAAGGGGAGGGGGAAGAUGAGACCCGACCAUGCACGAUCUGUGCAAGGCGCUAUUUAAAUACGUGCAAGGAGAGAAGGAGACCACUGAUUAGCUGUCUCUCUCUCGGACUUAUAGUGAUUAGUGUAUGAUCUUUUUGUACUUGUGUAGCUUCAGAAAUACAUAUGUGUGUGUGAUAGAGAGAGAGAGAUAGAUGAAUAUCAGUGAAAGAGACAAAUGAUUAACUGCCUCUUUCUCACGGAGCUCUAUAGUGACUAUUAGUGUGUCAAGUUUUUGUUUUUGUGUAGCUUCACAGAUACGUGUGUGAGAUAGAAAGAUGUAUAACUGUCUCUAUCUAACGUCGAAUCAAAGUGAACUUCCGUAGUAAUUUAAUUGUAGUGUGUAAUCUGUUCUUUAUGAGAUUCGAAGUUUAGUGCAAGGCGAGAGACAGUUGUAAGUUACUGUCCUGUGAAUAAAAAGCCGUUGACAAUUGGAUGUAUGAAAUCUAUCAAUCUGUUGAAAGAUUACAGUUUUAUUAUACAUUUUUCUUAAGUUAAAAAUGAUUUAGCUUAAAAACGGAAAAAAUAAUAAAAUCGCUGUACAAUAAAGUGUCAGAAGAACCACCAUAAGACCAUAAGGGUUUAACAGUCAGGUAGAGUUUUUAAAAAAUGAACAAAAAAGCUUUUUUUUUACAGUUUAACAGCUUUUUAGCCUAAGGACGGUAGAACUACCAGUAUCUAUGUAUGUAAAUUUGUUAAUUUGGCUGUCAAAUAUUUAACAAAAUAUAGUUUUCAAUUUUUCGGAAUUUAGUUAAGUAAUUUAUUAAUUAUUAUUUAGAUCUAGAGAAAGUAUUGUUUAAAAAAAAUAUAAAGGAUCUAGUGUAGAUAUACGAACUAUUUACUUGAACUGUAUAAAAUUAGUAAUUACAAAUAAAUAAAUUACAAUUUAACUUCUACUUCUAUCUAUGGAAAUUGUAGUUAAAACGGUGUGUUAGUGGUACACGUUUUAAUUAUUUUUGUCAUAAAAUGUUUUUAGAAACAAAAUGCAACUGUAAUUAUAUUAAAUUAGAUUUUUUACAUAUGUUACCUACAGUGUUGUUGUAAACUUCACUAAACAUUUUUAACCUGUCUAAUUUGUAAUCUAGUUCUAAAUACAUCUGUUAUUAUUAUAUACAUUAAAAUAUCUUUAAAUAGAA